GCUUAUGCUUGCGUCGUGGCUGUCUUCUCUAGAGCAUCGCUAGUGAGUCCCUCGGUCCCUAGGAGACCCGAGGGACUGGUAUAUACCUGCGAGAGACUGGACCCUCUAGCCGACGAUCCAAGAUGGCGGCUUUUCGAACAGUGCCUGAACGACUUUUGAGACCUGUUGCACGUGCAUUGUCUGCAAGAAACAGCGACUUUCUUGCUUCCAAAGCCACCCUCGGCAGACCUAGGAUGUAUCGUGCUGCCCUGUGCAAGGAGCUGGGAAAACCUCUCGUGGUAGAACAGGUGCCUGCAGUGGAGAAACUAAAGGCGUCCCAGGUCAGAGUUGCUGUUCAUAGUUGCGGCAUUAACUUUGCUGACAUACUCAUGUGUCUUGGAAAAUAUCAAGAAAAACCACCAUUGCCAUUUACUCCAGGUAACGAAAUUGCUGGAGUAGUGAUUGAAACUGGAGAAGGUGUAAAGCAGCUGUCGAAGGGUGACAGGGUAUUUGGACUGGCAGCACUGGGUGGAUUUGCUGAAGAAUGCAUUGUUGAACAGAGUGGUCUGUGGAAGAUUCCGUCCAAUAUCGAGUACAAUCAGGCUUCUGCAUUUGCAGUUUCUUAUGGCACAGCAUAUGUAGGCCUGACCAACAAGUCCAAUACACAGCCUGGCCAAACAGUUUUAGUCACAGCGGCAGCAGGAGCUCUGGGCUUAGCCACUGUUGACAUCGCAGCCAAUGCACUGGGAGCCAAGGUUAUCGGAGCUGCAAGCAAGGACAAACUUGAUGUUGUUACAAGUAUGGGAGCCUCAGCUACAAUUGACUAUAACAAGGAGAGUAUAAAAGACAAGGUAUUAUACACUUAUGUAUUAUUUAUAAAAGCUUUUUAGCUCUGGGUGGAUGUAAGAAUUCUCAUAACUGCCUGACUUCUGCUUAACUAGCUGAACUGGUUCAGUUUAAAAGUACUUUAUUCUCAGUGGUGAGAAGUUGGACAGCA